AUGAAACAACUCUGCUGGAAAACGUCAAGAGCGCCUCCGGGUUAUUUAAAUUGGGGAGAAAACCUCUCAAGUCAAAAGUGCACACCUAAAACCAAGAGUUGGUUUUUCAACUUAAAGUUGACCAUACAGAGUAAUGGUAUAAGAUAUUCAGAUGAUUUAGAACAUUAUGAGGAAGAAAUUCUCAAUGCUAUUUGGGAAACGUUAGAAUUUCUGCAGAUUCAUCCAAACCUGGAAGUAGAUUUAAAUACGAAGUUUUUAUGGAAUCCUUUACUAAAGGGUGGGGGAAGGAAUAUGGGAUUUUUAGAAAAACCGAUAAUAAAAAACGUGAGGUUAAUAAAGAAAUUCAUCAAACGAAACAAAAGAAUCUUAAGCGUUUAUUUAGAUAAAUACAGUGCUUUCGAGUGGCUCACAAAGUUUGAUCCCUUAUUCGUUACACAGAUUUACACUCAGCAGACAAAAGAAGUAGUAGUGAACCGAAUUGACAAGAUCAUCGAUUACAUAAUAGCACUGUUCGUUAAAGGACAUUGGAUGCACGAAAUUAAUAUGGGUAUUUAUCCAUACAGACUGUUAAAUGAAACAGUGCUUAAUAAAUUGACCUUCAAGGGUUCCUUCGAUUCAGUUAUUGCAAAUGCAACAAAACUAUUUUGGGCUGAUGAAGUAGUCAUCAGUCUAUGUAAAACAAAAUAUUCUAAAAUACAAAAGAAAAGUUGGUUUUUUUAUAAAUAUUUCCCAUAUAUUGAACGGGACGACGCAAGAAAUAUGCUCAUCAUGCUUUGCUGGCCCUUGUGGAUUUAUCAAAGAUUAGAGAAAUUGACGAAACGCUUUGUGAUAAGACUUAGAGAAAUCAUGGAAAAGCAACCAUUUAAAUGCAAGUUCCUUUGUGAACGCAUGUUGGAUUUAAAAGAUAGAAUGAAAAUAUUACGUAAAUAUACUAGUUUGGAUCAGGUGAGAUAA